UUCGUGUAUUUUGUUAUUGGAAUAGCCACUUUAAUGGUAUUUUUUUCUCUGACAGACAUUAACCAGAAAUGUACAUUUUGAAUCAUGUUAUUUUAUUUAUUUGUUAAUUUAUUGCAGUUACUGGCAACAGUGAGUUUGAUCAAAGUAGGGAGGAGGUUAAAACAAAUUGAAGGAAAAAAGUAGGAAGAUGUUUUCCGUUUCGAUCUAAUGCAGCGUUAAUAAUGAUUCCGAUAAAAUAGUGAUGUUUAAUACGCGUAUAUAAAUAUAAUUGCAAUUACCAAUUUAAUUUCUUAAACCUUCGAUUAAAAUCAACCAGCAAUACUUGAUUUUGACUCAAAGGGCCGCUGUGUAUCAAGGAUGCUUCGAUUUUGCACUUUUGUGCCCCACAUCCACCCACCCACAGCAACUCCUAGACGAGAGAAAGAAAGGAUUUUAUUUCGCAUAGGAUUUACGUGCGCAGUGUUGAAAGAGUCUUUCACAUCUUUGUAAACGGGCUUACGGUGGAUUUACACUCGUUGCGAGGAUAUUAAUACUGGAUGGCAUUGUUCUUUCUGAGGAUCUCAGGCGUCGCGGAGAAAAUGGCAGUGAUGUGGCACACGGUAUUGUUUUUCAUCCUCCUUUCUUCUCGCUCCGUGCUCGGGCAAGUCAGCUACUCCAUAACGGAGGAAAUGCCAAAAGGUUCAGUAAUUGGAAAUAUUGCUCAGGAUUUGGGUCUGGAUGUAAAAAGGUUAAAUUCUGGGAAAGCACGAAUUCAUACGGUGGAUAGCACGGAAUACAUCGCGCUGAAUAAAGAAAGAGGAAUGCUCCUUAUAAAAGAAAAAAUAGAUCGAGAGACGCUUUGCGCAACAAAGACUCCGUGCGCUCUACAUAUUCAAAUGAUUCUUGAAAACCCGAUGGAAUUGUAUACAAUAACUAUCGAAAUCACGGACACUAAUGAUAAUGCGCCAUUGUUCCAGACGGAGGAAAUCAGGAUUGAAAUAAGCGAGGCGGCUGUACCGGGAGCGAGAUUCAUGUUAGAGAGAGCAAUGGAUGCUGACGUCGGUACUAACGGCCUUCAGAGCUACUCACUUAAACCGACAGAUCAUUUUGUUUUAGAACUGGAAACUCAUGGAGACGGAGGUAAAAAUGUAGAAAUGGUUUUACAAAAACCACUCGAUAGAGAAAAGCAGGAAAGGCUUACAUUAUUAUUAACAGCGAUGGAUGGAGGUGAACCGGUUCUGUCUGGUACUGUACAGAUACACGUUACUGUUCUAGAUGUAAAUGAUAACGCUCCUGUCUUUACACAAAAAGUAUAUAAAGCCUCAAUAAUCGAAAACUCACCGAAAGGCACUAAAUUGACAACCGUGAGCGCAUCUGAUGCUGAUGAAGGAACAAACGGACAGGUGACUUAUUACAUUUCAAACACAGAUAAGAGUGUGAAAGAUGUGUUUAACCUAAAUGAAGAUGAUGGCGAAAUAACACUAAAAGGACACAUCGACUAUGAAACUAAAAGCAAUUAUCAACUUGACAUUCAAGCCAGGGACCAAGGCGGUCUCUCGGACUCAUGCAAGAUAAUUGUCGAUGUCUUGGACAUAAACGACAAUAAACCAACUCUUUCUAUUCUAUCCAUGGCUAGCUCCAUAACAGAAAACUCUCUAACAGGAAAUAUCGUUGCAAUGAUUAACGUAAAUGACCCAGACUCGGAAGCAAAUGGCAAAGUUCAGUGUGAAAUCAGUGAUAAUAUUCCAUUUACUAUCACAUCUCCAUCUAACACUGUUUUUGCACUGCGCACAGAUCAGGAAUUGGAUAGAGAGAGAGAGGCUGAGUAUAAUAUCACCGUGACUUGCUCUGAUGAGGGAGUUCCCUCACUUUCCAGCAGCACUUCUCUCCGUUUACAAAUAUCAGAUGUAAAUGACAACGCGCCUGUGUUUGAAAGAAAGAAUUACGAGGCAUAUGUGGUGGAGAACAACACACCAGGUCUCUCUAUAUUCACAGUGAAGGCGAGUGACGCAGACUCCAAUCAGAAUGCUCGAGUUUCUUAUAUUUUAGAAGAGAGCACUGUCAACGGAGUUCCUGUAUCAUCAUAUGUGUCAGUCAGUUCCGAUAGUGGAGUCAUUAAUGCAGUGCGCUCUUUCGACUACGAGCAGUUAAAGAACUUCCAUUUCCGCGUCAGAGCGCAGGACGGAGGCUCCCCUCCACUCAGUAGUAACGUGACAGUAAAAAUUACAAUCCAAGAUCAGAAUGACAAUGCUCCUCAGGUUCUCUACCCAGUACAGACUGGUGGCUCUGUGGUGGCUGAGAUUGUGCCUCGUUCAGCAGAUGUCGGCUAUCUAGUCACUAAAGUGGUGGCUGUUGAUGUGGACUCUGGACAGAAUGCCUGGCUCUCCUACAAACUCCAGAAAGCCACAGACAGGGCGCUGUUUGAAGUGGGAGCGCAGAAUGGAGAGAUACGAACUGUGCGCCAGGUCACUGAUAAAGAUCCUGUCAAACAAAAGCUUACUGUAGUUGUGGAGGAUAACGGACAGCCAUCUCGCUCAGCUGUAGUGAACAUCAAUGUAGCUGUAGCGGACACUUUCCCUGAAGUGCUCUCAGAAUUCACCGACUUUACGCACGCCAAACAAUAUAACGAUGACCUCACCUUUUAUUUAGUUUUAGCAUUAGCUGCUGUUUCUUUCCUUUUCAUCACAACUGUAGUAGUUAUAAUAUCAGUAAAGAUCUACAGGUGGAGACAAUCGCGUGUCUUCCAUCACUCCAAUCUCCCAGUUAUUCCGUACUAUCCUCCCGGUUACGCAGACACAGGAGUUACUGGAACUCUACCGCACAUGUAUAAUUAUGAUGCUUGUAUGACGACUGACUCGAGGAAGAGUGGCUGUAAAUAUUCUACACUUGGAGCACAAAAUGUUUUAGUGAUGGACCCGAGAUUUACAGAGACUAUGCAGCGCGCUAUGAAGGGAAAUAAUAUUUUGGAUGCCGCUGAUUCUCCAGAGUUGGUAAGGGCUUGUUUAUAGCUUUGUGACUUUAUUCAAACAUUUAUAUAGUGAACAAUAGGCAUAUUUGUCACCUUGACAUACACUGUGUUGCUUUAUUACACCCUCGUCGACAAGUUUCCAGUAAAUUUCAGUCACCAGUAUUCUGUUGUACAUUUAAUUAGUUAUGUGGUUUCUUCAGCACAAUACAGUUAACUUGACCCGCUAAAAAAUAUUGUUAAGAAUUUUAAAAAACUAGAAAUUGUUUUGCGUUUCUCUCCUUUUUUUUGCAACCAUCAGACAAUUUUGCAAGUUGUCCAUUUUUCAUAACCCUGAAACAUACACGUUGUCAAAUAUUUUCCAUUCUACAGUAUCGCCUCAGUGUUUGUUAUCUCCAUUAAAAAUCAGUAUACUAUAGAUUAGUCCGUGUGUUACUAAAUACUGAACACGAUAUUUAUUUAUAGCACAAUUCAGGACAGCAAGGGACAACUUCACGAAUGUGAUCAUGUAUUUAAAUUUAAUUACGAAUAAUUUAAAGUAAUUCAACAGGUUAAACUCAGACAUGUCUACAGAUACGUGCCACAGUUUACAAAGCAGUACUUCCAAUGCAGGAAAUCAACAGAGUUUAAAGAUGAGUAUUAUUUUAUACGGGCACAAUAAGCUUUAAAUUAUGAAUACUAAAAUACUUUUGGGUAGAGUUGUUGUAUCGAUUCUUGAUGGCUUUGUGUAUUUUUUAUUUUUUAUUUUUUAUAUUUUUUUUUUACAAAUAGACUCCAUCGAAGAGAAUAUUCCUAAAUACCUACGUGGUGUUUAUUAUGUUUUAAACAAGUUUU